CAAUAACUGAAAAAAGAUCUGGUUACGAUAGAAAAGACGGCAAUUGUGUCUUGCGCUUUAAUAGAAUAUCAACAUGUUCAAGCUAGCUAGAAGCCAACCUUUGGCAGCUGCCUUGAAGGCAAGCAGGGUAAUUUUUUCACAUCCAAAAUAGUCCCUUAUCAACAAAGUUAACAUGGUCCCAGGUCUCUAUGUCAUCCCGCAUGGUCGGCGCCGCGCAACAAAAAAGAGCUUUGAGCAUACACGAGUAUCUUUCAGCGGAUUUGUUGAGAAAGGUACGAGUUAGUUAUAUGCGCGCAGACGAAUCUGACGAGAAUACAGUAUGAUAUUGGCGUCCCCAAUGGAGCUGUUGCAAAAUCAGCCGCUGAGGCAGAGGCUAUUGCAAAGAAUAUUGGUGGGGAUGACAUGGUUAUCAAGGCACAAGUUCUUGCCGGUGGAAGAGGAAAGGGUACUUUCGACAAUGGGUUAAAGGGAGGAGUCCGAGUUAUCUACUCUCCUACUGAAGCAAAGAUGUUCGCAGAGCAAAUGAUCGGACACAAGCUUGUUACCAAGCAAACUGGUGCCCAAGGACGUAUCUGCAACUCGGUCUAUAUUUGCGAGCGCAAGUUUGCUCGCCGCGAAUUCUACCUUGCUAUCUUGAUGGAUCGUGCUUCCCAAGGACCGGUUAUCGUUUCUUCGUCUCAAGGUGGAAUGGAUAUCGAAACUGUUGCAAAGGAGAGCCCAAACGCAAUCACAACUACCUACAUUGAUAUCCACAAGGGUGUUACUGAUGAUAUCGCACGAAAGAUUGUUACUGAUAUUGGUUUCAGUGAACAAUGUAUCGAAGAUGCCAAGGAUACUGUUCAAAAACUUUACAAGAUUUUCAUGGAGAAGGAUGCUACUCAAAUUGAGAUCAACCCUCUCUCUGAGACCUCGGAUCACAAGGUUCUUGCCAUGGAUGCCAAACUUGGUUUCGAUGACAAUGCCGAAUUCCGUCAAAAGGAGGUCUUUGAAUGGCGCGACACUACUCAAGAAGAUGCUGAGGAAGUUCGUGCCGCAGAAUCUGGUCUUAACUUCAUCAAGCUCGGUGGUGACAUCGGAUGUUUGGUAAACGGUGCCGGUCUUGCUAUGGCUACUAUGGAUAUCAUUAAGCUUAAUGGUGGUGAGCCAGCUAACUUCCUUGAUGUUGGAGGUGGAGCUACCCCACAAGCUAUCAGGGAGGCUUUCACUCUCAUCACCAGCGACCCUAAGGUUACCGCUAUCUUCGUUAACAUCUUUGGUGGUAUCGUUCGUUGCGAUGCUAUCGCUCAAGGUCUCAUCAGCACUGUUGAGAGCAUGAACCUUAGAAUCCCGAUCAUUGCAAGAUUGCAAGGAACAAACAUGGAGGCUGCACAUCAGUUGAUCAACGACUCCGGUCUUAAGAUUUUCUCCAUUGAUGACUUGCAAAGCGCAGCAGAGAAGGCUGUCCAAUUCUCAAAGGUUGUGAAGAUGGGUAAGUUUAUUCGUAACCCAUAUGAGUGAUCAUCGCUAACAUAUUCAUCAGCUCGUGAUAUCGAUGUUGGUGUUGAAUUUUCUUUGGGCAUUUAAGCGGUUACAUAGAUAGGUUUUCUCCUUGUUUGUAUUGAUUCCCACCGUCUUUAGAUCAAUGGAUGACCUCGGCUGAGUUCCCAUGUAUAAUGCAUCGAGUUUCAUGUCCAUAUACAUUAUCUUCUGUAUUCAUUGUGAAACACUUUGAAAUCCUAAUAAUAAAGCAUGGAUAUUGAAACUACUUCUAGUAGCAAUGGAUAUUCUAUU